UUGUUCACAUGGCUGCUGCAGCCCUGCCAGCCUCUAUUCAGUCUCCACCUGGUUCUCUGGACCUCAACCAGCCUGGCUUCAAGAAGGAGAUUCUCGCGACCAAACUUGAAGUGAAAUACCUGUGCUCAGAGUGCAAGAAUAUUCUUAGGAGGCCUUUCCAGGCCCAGUGUGGACACCGCUACUGCUCGCAUUGUCUAAAGAAGAUUGUCAGCUCCGGUCCUCAGAAGUGUGCCGCUUGCAUUCAGGAAGGCCUUUUCGAGGAAGGAACCUCUGUCUUGGAAAGCAGCACAGCAUUUCCAGAUAACGCAGCACGGCGAGAGGUGGAAAGUCUGCCUGCUCUCUGCAACAAUAAUGGUUGCUCUUGGAGGGGUACAAUCAAGGAAUACGAGGUCACCCAUGAAGGAAGGUGUCCGUUCAUGUUAGUGCCCUGCCCAGCAUGCAAACAGCUUAUCAGAUUCAGCGAGAAGGAAUGGCAUAAUGAACGUGAGUGCCCAGAGCGGAAACUGAACUGCAGAUACUGCAAGCUUUCCUUCUACUUUCCGGACAUCAAGGCUCAUGAUGAGAUCUGCCCUAAAUUUCCAAUGACGUGUGAAGGCUGUGGCAAGAAAAAGAUCCCCAGAGAGAAGUUCCAGGAUCAUGUCAAGUCGUGUGGCCGUUGCAGAGUGCCGUGUCGUUAUUUUGUGGCUGGUUGCACAGAGAUGGUGGAGAACGAUAAGUGCCUUGAGCAUGAAACCAAGUUCUUGCCUGAACACUUGGCUAAAGUAUGGGAGUUUAUCCAGCCGCACCGAAAGGAGCUGAGCGAUGUCACCCAACGCCUGGGGUCGCUGUCAGUGCAGGGCAACCCAGCUUCCCUGGCUGCUUUGCAUUCAACAUCGGACACUGCUACAGUCCCGGAUUUGCUACGUAGGUUCGAGACAUUGGAGAAGAAGAGCACAGUCAUGGAAAAUAUUGUCUGUGUCCUCAACAAAGAGGUGGAGAGGGCAAGCAUAGCUACUGAGGAGGCCAUGAAGCUGCGAAGGACAGAUCAGGAGAAGAUUGAUAUCCUUAAUGCUAAGGUGAGACAACUGGAGCGAACGCUAGGACAAAAGGACCUACAGCUAGUAGAACUGGAGACAAGGCUACAGGAGGCAGAACUUUCUACCUUUGAUGGAAUAUUUGUCUGGAAAAUUCCAGAGAUUGCAAAGAAGCGGCAGGAUGCUAUUCUCGGCCGCUGCCCAGCCAUGUUCUCCCCUCCUUUCUAUACCGGUAAAUAUGGUUACAAAAUGUGUCUAAGGAUAUACCUGAAUGGAGACGGAACUGGGCGUGGAACUCACCUCUCCCUCUUCUUUGUGGUCAUGAAAGGACCCAGCGAUGCCGUUCUGAGGUGGCCAUUUAACCAAAAGGUGACUUUGAUGUUGCUGGAUCAGAACAAUCGGGAACACAUCAUCGAUGCCUUCAGGCCGGACAUAACCUCCUCCUCCUUUCAGCGCCCUGUAAGCGAAAUGAACAUCGCCAGUGGAUGCCCUCUCUUCUGCCCCCUCGCCAAGCUGGAGGGCAAAAAUUCCUACAUCCGGGAGGAUACAAUAUUCAUCAAGGUCAUUGUGGACCUCUCUGGGCUUUAGCAGCACAGAUGCCUUCCCAAAACAACCUGUUGCCUGAUCAGCC